ACAUCAAUAUUCUCUUUUCGGCUUUUCUCUCCUCAACUCAAGCUAAAACCUUUUAAACUGUCACCUGCUCACCUGUCAAGAAUUCAGAGUUCGGCUCUUCUACACGCUUUGUUGUACUUUACAAAUUCUGCCAAAGUCUGGGAUGGAUCCUGUUCACCGUAUGGUAUUGCAGAAGAACUGGACCUACCUUUUAGAUUCCUUGAAAAGUGAGGAUGUCAUCCCUUAUCUCAUUCAAGAAUUAGUCCUGGACAUUGACAUGGUGGAAGAAAUUGAAGCCGCAGAAACCAACAAGCAAAAGACGAGGCGACUCAUGACCAAACUGAUGCGGAGAGGGCCGACAGCCUACCAGGCUUUCAGGGAAUCGCUGCAGCAAUACGACGUGUAUGAUCACCUGGUACAAAGACUUGAUUCCACUCGGAUUGAUCCAGCCCUGCUUCCUGCACCUUCACCAAAGACAUCACAGUCAGAACAACCCGAUAUAGGGAUCACUCAAAUGGAAGAAGACACACCAAGCCAGCCUUCAACACUCUGUUCUCAGACAUUCCAGCCACAACCAGUACAACAGACACCGCAGCAGCUACCACAACCACCACAACAGCCACCACAACAAUCAUCAUUGCCAAUGACAACAGGAAACAGCAAUUUUAGGAUAGCAGGCAACAAUAACUUUGUCAUCAUGGGUAGCAAUAAUACCCAGGUGUACUACCAUUGACUGCUGGUUCAGUCGAUAUAUAAUAAUAUAGACCUGUAUUCUGAAUCCUUGUUUAGCUUUAUAGACCAUGGUCUAACUCUGUGCUAAAAUUAUGGGAAGCCAAAAAAAAUCCAUUGUAUUAUAUGAUUCUUAUCUUUGUACCAGAAUUGGCUUUCCAUAGUGAAACCACAUUUUUAGACCAGGGUUUAGAUUUAACCAAGCUUCAGAAUAAGAGUUUUAGCCCAUAGUAUUGGCCCAUGCGUAGAUUGGAUAUUAGUAUGAAUAUCAUGUUAUUUAAAUGAACUGCAUUAUUUUUUUAUAUCUUGAUAUUUUAUCACUAGUAGAUUUGUUGUAGAUUAUGCUUCUCAUUUUAGAAUUCUGGAGCAGUAUUUAUAGAGAUUCUAGGAAGUAGUCCAUUUUUCCAUACAGUGGUGCUAAACAGCUAGUAAACCUCACCAGAAAAUGCACUUCUUCGUGCCGAGUGUUGAACGUAGACAACAAUGCUACAGUGUCCGACAAGCCCAGAGGUACAUACUAUACUGAAUGUAAUAUUUUAUCACCUGAUUUUACAUUUAUAUAUCGAAAACAUGGCAGAAUUUGAACAAUUUUUAAAUAUAUGUUAAAUUUUCUGGUGGGGUUCUAUAACAUUUUAGCACCACUGUACAAGACGGCUACCACAACCACAGUCAUACCACCUCAGAAGUGGUAGGUGUAAGUGAGUCCAUUGAUUAUUGAAUAAUAACGUGUGUAAGUUAUGUCAGGUAGCCUGACAACAGUAAUGUUCCUUGUAUUUUACAUGCUUUGCUGAAUGUACUUGUAUGAUUUCAAAGUGUUUCUUUUUUCUUCCAUGGGUUUGUCUAGAUGCCGAAAUGGGACGAUCAUAUACCAAAAGGAAUGCUGAGGGAAUUCUUGUUGAAAGACAUUUUUUUUUUAGUUUGGACUUUUUUAGGGUGCCUAUAUAGUGUCAGAUGUUUGUAGGUGCUUUUGAUUGUGAUUGACUUCUUUAUUUAGGACAAGAUGAUUAUUGGGUUGUAAAAAAUAGUUUAUCCUAUGUCCCAUGAUUAGUUGAAACUAUGAACUGAGUACUAGAUGAUGUCACAAUCAAUUUCAUUUUUCUGAUUUCAGCUUAUUUUAUCAGCAUCUUUGCUUAGCUUGGUGAAAUAUAUUGACCACCUGAAUCUAUGGGAGCUCAAGAGAUGGCCUUCUGAAUACCUACUUAUCCCCAUUGAAAUCAGUGUAAGCUGGCCUGGUUCUAAAUAUUUAUGAAUCAGGAGUGGUGUUCCAAAAACGUUAUCUAUUGUUAUCCUUUAUCUUAUCUCACUGAGAUCUAGGAAGGCGCAAAAAUAAUUGCAAAUCGGUAUUCUGACAAUCUUCUUAAAUCGUUCAUAUCUCUGUAAGGACUGCCCCUUCCUGAGCUUCAACGUGCUCAUAUUUUAGAUAUUACCAAUCAAAAUACACUUUAUAAUGGCAGUUUAACCAAUAGAAGCUUUCCUUUUGUCAAGAAAAUAUGUGCAGUGUUUAUAUACUUGCAUAAUUACAUGUAUAAUUGCGCGAAAUUCAGAAUACCACAAAUACAUUAUGAUUUUAUGUUUAGCGCACAUUGGUAUUGUUAUGGGCAAGUUACAUAAAUUUACACGCUAGGCAUUUGAGAGAAAAGACAAGAAGAGAUAAGAACGUUUUCAGAAUACCAAUUUGAGAUUGUGACGUAGAUAGAUCUAUACAUAUUUGAAAUAAGAACGUUUUUAUAAUAUUGCUGCAGGACUUCUUACACUGAUUUCAAUCAGGGUCUAUUGGUUAUUCAUUUAGCCACCUUGAACCGAUUCACGACAAGUCUGGUGUGUUGAGAUUUUGCUCUACCUAAAUCUGAUUGUGAAAAUGCUGAAAAAGCACUAAGAGAAAAUGAUUACUUGGCAAUUUGACACUCAAUAGCAAAAGGGUUGUGUGGUCUAGUGGUAAGAGCAUUGGACUCGUGACUGAAAGGUCGGGAGUUUGAAUCCCAGCUCGGCCAUCAUCUCCACUUUUACCAAAAACGGGCAAGGAUAAUUUUGCUCUCCGUAAGGUCACCCACUAAGACUGAUUAAACUUAGACUUAAGAUGCUUCCUAUGUAAUUGGUUGCAUUCCAGCUUGAUGUUGAUGCGGCAGAAAGCUGUUUUGCCGAGUUCCUACGGGAGUUACUUCAACAGAAACAGAAUAUUUGAUAAGUCUUUCACAUAGUCAUCCUUACAUGUAAAGUAUUUCUGCUCGUGUCUGCACAACUUGAAAAGCAUUGGAUGUUCCUAGUCAAAUACUGAAUAUUUUACUGUCAAUCUGUGAAAUAUCAGCUCUUUUUUAAAUUGAAUUUUGUGAGGCAUUAUUAUUUCAGCAUCAUGAGAAACCUCAAACAAGGUAUGAUAUUGUGACAAAUGUUGUUUUCCAGGUUAUGUUUGAAUUCUACCUCGUCUCUGCUGCCAUUGUGUGUGCAAGAUUUUGCAAAACCCCUUGGUCUGUACUAUACAUGUAUGCCUCUAAACAUCCUAUUAUCAUAAUUUGUGGCAAAAUGCUAUUUAGGGAUCACAUCAGAAAGCUUUUCACCUGUCUCCAGUGGCCACUUAAUCUGAGGGGUGUUUCACAAAGAUUUAAGAAUGACUGAAGUGCUGUUGUGUAAAAGAUAUGCAAUUUUAUGAUGUGCGAUCUUAUUGAUUGAUACACAGUAGUGUGUGUCCUCAUGGCAAGAUCGGUUAAGCCUCUUAUACUGCACGCAACUAGGCAUUUAGGUGCGACUCUAAGUCAUACUUAAAUCUUUGUGAAACACUCCUGUAACUCUUUGUAAGACGGGGCCCGGGGUUCAUUAUUGUUCAAUUAUCCUUGAUUACACCUUGUAUCCAGCCCAAUGGCAAUUAACGAAGAUUAUUUUGCAACUUACAUGUAUGGAGGCUAUUAUAACUUGGACCUUUAAGUGACUACAACGCCCUCCCCUGUGUAUGAUUUUUGUUAAAAUAUUCAGGGUGUAUGUUAUUAUGUUGAUGAAUUUGUAAGCAUUUUAUGUUUCUCACUCAUUAAUUUUCCUCUUUUUAGAUGUUUUAACCACUGCCACUGUAUCUUUAUACUUUUUACCACUUUAUACUGAUGUUCUGUCCUUGUGCAAUCUUUUGACCAUGAUAUGAGAGAUACAUUGUAUAAUGUAUUUGUACUUUAAAAGGUUGAGUUAUGUCAAUCUAAUUCUAAUACAUUGUUGCCAAAUGUAAGCUCAUAUUCUGAGUAUGUUACAUGAAACAUAAUUUUAGGUGAUAUUUUUGUGAGUAAACUGCUGUAUGAGUAUGAGGUACUGUAUGAUUGACCAAUGAAUCCUCAAUGAUUGGAUCACAAUUUUGUUUUAAAAUGUAAGUACACGCAUUUGUGCUUGAGAAGUAAGAAUGCACUUUUUUUAUAGGCCUUGUUUGUAUGUGAACAAGAUCAAAAUGUAAAAUGAAGUAUUGAUGAUAUUUGAAUGUCAUUAUAUUUGCACACUUGUUCCUGAAAUGUGAAUAAACUUCAUUUUUAUGGA